GAACUAUAGAGCCACAAAUAAUAGCACAAGCAGAGUCCAUAACUUGGAAGACUUACUUAUCCUUUAAGCCUCCUUCAGCCAACACAACAACAUUUUUUUUUCUCCACUUAAUGACGCUUAAUUUCAUUUCUUAUCGGAUCCUGUGGGGGAUUAUUCAUUCAUAUAAAACAAUCUGCAGCUGCUGCCACUCCAAACUCUCCCUCCUUUUGACUGAAGUCAUCUAUUAUUGAGCGAAAGGCCGUGCGUGGAAAGUGUGUGCAAGACGAUGGAUUUGAAGUAGAAUUGGUUGCAAUCGAUCAAGGGUGAAGAAUAUUCCUGAUGGUAACAAAGGAAGCAGCAAUGUCUUUCUCGCAGUUUGGAUAUCCUUACAAUGCAACUUCACAAUUUUUCGUGUCGGCAAACCCCAGUACGACUUGCUGCGAUUCGAUUUCCAGGUCGGUCUCUGACGGGACAGGCAGCUCUCAGACCGCCGCAGCCGCAGCCGCCGCCUCCUUCUGCUGCCCCUCCUACGAGAACCGGCUCCUGGCGAGCAGCCGGACGGAGCUGAACGCAGCGCUGGGGAUGUACGGCUCUCCUUACGCCGCUGCGGCCGCAGCCAGCCAGAACUACGCCAACUACUUCCCCUACAGCACCGACCCAUCCGCUAUCUACUCCACUCUGAAUCCACAGUAUGACAUUAAGGACAGCACAGGCACUUUACACUCUGGCAUCACUCAAACCGCUGCUUACUAUCCUUACGAUCACUCACUGGGACAGUAUCAAUAUGACAGAUACGGGACGGUGGACUUUAAUGGCACAGCUCGCAGAAAGAAUGCCACGCGUGAAACCACCAGCACACUAAAAACAUGGCUCUAUGAGCACCGCAAGAACCCCUACCCUACGAAGGGAGAGAAGAUCAUGCUGGCCAUCAUCACCAAGAUGACCCUCACCCAGGUGUCCACGUGGUUCGCCAAUGCCAGGAGACGGCUAAAGAAGGAGAACAAGAUGACCUGGUCACCAAAGAAUAAGGCUAACGAUGAYAGAAAGGAGGACUUUAGUAAGAGCGACCAGGACUGUGCCACCAAAGAUUCCAGUGACUGCAAGGAAGAGAAAGAGCUGCACCUGAGUGACCUGGAGGACAUGGAUGAGGACGACUGUGACAAGCUGGACAGCGACUGUGAAAAGGUGGCAGCUGACGAGCAGGACCUCCAGAGAUCCAUGGUCGCACCUGGAGCUCCCCUGAAAAGAGACUGCAGCUCUGACCUUCACUUGAGCUUGACAAACAGCUUCCACACUUUCCCCUGCAGCAUCAAAGGUGUCGCCGCCCUCCCUCAUCUCCCGUCGGAUUUCAUAGAUCCAAUUGUGUCCAAGGCGGCUCCUGCAAGCGUCCCGUCAGCAGGAGCGGUGUCCCUGUCUCAUUUUGAAUCAUCAGAAAAGCCACGSAUUUGGUCGUUGGCCCGUACCGCAGCUUCAGGGGUUAUAUUAAACCCUCAGCAGCCUGGUUCGGAGCUAAGGACAGGAAGCCUAACUGGGGACUGUCAACUACAGAGCAGCAGACUUCCUAGGGCUCCUACUGGACAAUGUGGAGCCACAAGAGGCCUGCUUGAGUCUAACAGUGUCACAAAUUCAGAAAGCUCUUUCCCUGAGGGCUCAUCCUUGCACUCAAARGUUUACGGCACAGGCAGCUACAGCCACAAGGGCCUCCAACUUCACAGCUCGUCUUAUGCUGCCCUUCCAGAUACCUGUCAGUACACAACGAUCGAAGGAUUCUCCAGUGGCAAGGUAGAGAUUCAGUCAUCUGACCUCAGCGAAGCCUGUGGGACUGUGCAGAACGACAAGGUCACUGCAUUCAGACCAGUCAUGAAGAGGUGAAGCAGAUUUCUGGGGCUUGUCUAACAGCAGCUAAAUGGGACAUUUAWUAUGCACUAAAAGACACACUGACCAUGUGGCGGCCUGAGUGUGAGCUGCCUGGUUCUGUUGCAGUGAGAACUAUCAAGCUGUGGACUCGACUAUCAUUUUGCACAACAUUGUUUUUUUAUGGCGAUAAAAAGAUUUUAUGCAAAAAAUAUUUCUAGAUGCAAAGUGUAAGAGCAAUGGCCCAAAAUGAAACGGGCUGAAUUUGUGUAAGGCAAUCGUGUAGUGCAGCAUAAUUUAUUCAUUUCUCUGUGUAUUUAACAUUUUUGUUAUGUCAACAUUUUUGGAUUAUUAUUUAUUAUGUUUAUGG